GGAGCAGCGGCCGACCGGGGUCGAGGGCGGCACAGGGCGAUGUGUGCACUGCGCCGAGGCUCUGUGCAAACAUGCUAAUUUGUUUUCUUUCUUGCCUCGCCUUUCAGGGUAAUUGGUUGCAUUUGAAGCCUUUGUGAAAGCCUUUGAUUAUAGUAAUUUCAGCAGCGCGAUCUACCCUGGAUUCCUUCGUCAGAUUCUUUCACAGCUCAGGCACUCGGGGCUGUAAUUACGGAGCAGCGCACGCCCGACUGCCACAGCUGGGGCACUGCGGUGCUGCCACUGUGGCCAUGGGGGCACAGGGACCUGUCACUGCGAGGGGCAGUCGGGCCACUAGGAUGGGGCAGGAGGGAGCCAGGAUGGGGUAGGAGCUGUAGUGGAGAGCUUUGGUCUCUGCUGUGUUGAGUUUGUUGCAUCUCAGCUGGAGACGUAGGUGCUGCAGGUGUCCAAGGUGUGGAUGCCCAUGCUGGGGUGGGGUCCAGGGUGCUUUUAAUUGCUGCUCUGGAGGCCUUCCUAGAGCAGCUUGGCUUUUCUGAUGGUUUGAUCCCGUGUCCCUGCUGGGGCUGGGACCAAAAGCCCAUGAGUAUCUUGACCAUCUGUGAUGGGAUGGUGGACAGCUCAGUGGGCUCAUCUCUCCAGCCCCUCCUCCCCAUCCACGUGCAGGAUGAAGGCAUGGCACGAUUGUGUCAGAUGAGGGAGGUUUUAUUUGAGGAGCUGGUACCACACCAGAGGGGGCACGUCCGUACAGGCAGGUCCUGCUCCCACACUGCAUGCUGGCCCUGCCAGGACCCCAGUGCACACAGCCAGGGCUGAGCUCUGCCAAAAACACUGCUGGCGCCGAGUGGGGCCCUGACCUUUGCUAACAGGGCCACUCCCCCCCCUCACUCCUGGCAUUUCAUUCCCAGUCCCACGUAAUGACCUUCUCGGCAGCACCGUGCCAGCGUCUGCCACUUCCAAUUACCCACGGCUGCUCAGCGCCUGGCGCAGCACGCGGGGCUCCUUCCUCCCCUCCGGGAUGGCAGCGGGUUGGGGCAUUGUUGCGCUGUGAUCCCCCACCCUCGUGGCUCAGGCACCCUCUAGGACCCCCCCGACGCUGACCAGGUUCCAAGUCCCUGCCCUGGGGCGCUGGAGGUGCAUGGCUUUCCAGAAUCAUUAUUAACCUGUUCGAGAGCUGUUCCCGCUCACAGCGAAAAUAGAUCUUUAAUCUCUGCCCAAAAUAGCUCAUUUGAUGAGAGGCCUCCUUAAAGCUGACACAUAAAUUUAACCAGGCCGCCCGAGCCCUGUGCGGGGAUGUCUGCAAAUGCUCAACAGCACUUGAAUUGUUGGGGUUUUUUUUUAAUUCCAUCAUUACGGACACAUCUGAUACCAUAUUUCUUCCAUCGGGUCAUUCGCACUGCUCAGGAGGUGAUUUGCUGUGCCCCCUUCCAGUCCCCCUGGCCCUGCUCAUAAGCCAAAGGUUAUUUUGGGGUAUUUUUGGAUGUUGAUUUGACCGAGCAGUAUAAGAGAUUUCUUCUUGGAGCAACCAUAGGAGUAGAAACCUCAGUUCUGAGUGGGAUGGGAGAGACUUAGAUGCUGCCCUAAGAUGCCAGCAGCGAGAGGAUGCUCUGUCCAGCUCUGGUGCCACUCUGUCCCUGGCUGUGUGCCAUGGCUCUUGGGCUCCAUGCCAUCCUGGUGUCACAUCAGCCCAAAAAAAGCACCGUUCCUCUGGCAGCAAAAUGUUAGCUCUGUAAGUAAAUGCAGGCUCUGGGGAAGUGGGAAAUGGGGAUGCUCAGUGUGUCACAGCUCUGCUUAGUGCCAGGUCCCAGGCUCACCCUGGCAUCUUCCCAACAUCUCCACAAGGCACGGGCUGGGAGAAGCCACUUGGCUGGUCUGGGUCACUUCCUCAGUCCCCCCCUUCCCCCCAGCUCCCCACUUCCCCACCAUUCCAGCGAGACCCUGAGCAGCAAAAUAAUCACUUCCAGCAUCAUUAUCCAUUGCAAACCCCAGCUUCCAAUUUUAAUCAGAGGAGCUGGUGUUGCUUUAAGAUCUGCGGGUUUUAAAGAUCACAAGAGGGGUUAGAGAAAAUUACCCUUGACUCUUACAUGCUAAUGUAAUCUCUAACCAGAUCUGCAGCACUGCAGCUAAAAUUGCUUUUUAGAUUAACAUUUAAUUAUUAACAGGGCCCCCUGAAAGGCCUGGGGCUGGAGCACGCGGAGGGGAGCGGAUUAUCCGGGUGGGAUGGAGCAGCAGGCGGGCAAGGGAAGGUCGUGGGGUGGCCGGCAGUACCGUCUGUGCCUCGUGGCACCCUCAGUGGCAAACUUUGGGCUUUAUUUUACCUAGUGCUUGCCAUGGUUUAUGGUGGAGUGACCUUUCCAUGCUUACCCAUUGUAGGGCUGAGCUGUGGCAUCACUGGCUGAGUGCUGCAAUCCCUUCCACCCUAAAUCUGGAUGGAUAUUGACAUGAGCUGCCAUGGCAGCUGCCGGUACCACUGUGAUGCCAGUAGGCAGCACCAGCCAAAAUCCUGCUCACCCUGCAAUGGGAUGGGCACCUGCUGCAUGCAGAGAGGAAGCCUUCCUCCUCUGGUACCUCCUCACCCUUGCAGGGUGCCAUUGGAUGGGAAACCAGUGUCUGUGGGGACCAGGGAUGGUGGCAGUGGCUGUACCAGGGCUGCUGUGGGUGUAGCACCAAUGUUCCUAGUGUUGCAGGGAACAGGAGCACUCUGGAGGGGCAGUGGGAUUCUCCUCCAUCCAUGGAGGGACAAGGGACAGGGGUGUCCCUGGUCAUGGUGAGUAGCCCUGGCACUGCAGUGGGUUGUGUUUGUUUUACUUAGCACACCAGGGACCAAUGAGGGCUUUUGCUUUUUUUCCCUGCUUGCUGCCAGCCUUGGCCUGGCUCCCAUGCUGUCCCGUCUGUGUGUUGGGUGCUGUUGGGAGCCUCCUGUGCCUCUCCCAGCUGGGCUGACCCCGUCACCUCCUGUUCUUGUGCCAAACCCAGCACUGACUUUUAAUAACCAUGGGGGACUUGGCAGUGGCAUGACUCAAACAGCUUUGCAGUGUCCCUGUUCAUCCCCUCCUUCCUCUCCUAACCCCCAAAACUCCUCUUUCAUGGGAUUACACUUCAAUAGUGCCCAGGGAAGGAUGCAGACAUGUUGCAGCAGAGCCUGGAUGGUGACCAAGACCUUGUCCCUCACCAUCCCUGCCCUGUCCGCUACCCUCCAUUGCCCAGCAACCGCACAGACCCACUUCAGGCUGAGACUUCAAAAGUUCCUUUUUCUUUUCUCCCCCUCCCGUCACAUUUUCUUUUAUCUAAAUCCUCGCCUGUGAAAGCCUCUAUCGACAGCUGCGCUGGCCUUAUCUCGCCGGAGGGACCUUCGCAGGGCUCUCAGAGGAGAUAAGCCCGACUUAUCAGCCACUGAUGUCAGAGGAGGUGCCAAACCCUCCCGUCACUCGGGCUUUAGACAUAGAGGGUGGUGUUUUUUAUUAAAGUCACGAAGACCUUGGGCUUAUAAAUAGUGUGAUGUCGAGAUGGAUUAGCUGGGUGUGGGGCGGGAAGGAGUAGUGGGAGAGGGGAAGGAUGGACUUGUGGCUGCCCCAUCCCUGGAAGUGUUCAAGGCCAGGUUGGAAAGGGCUUGGAGCAACCUGGUCUAGUGGAAGGUGUCUCUAGUGGAAGGGAGGGGGGUGGAAUGGGAUGAAAUGUAAGGUCCCUCCCAACACAAACCAUUCUGAGAUUCUAGAUGAUGCCAGUUGUGAGUUGUGGGAUGCAGGGUUGGGCGUCCUGGUGGGAAUGUCUUGCCAUGUACAGCAGUGCUGGCUGGAUGGUGGUGGAUCCACAGCCUGGGCAGAGGCCGUGCGGAUGCGGGGCGUUCCGGCAAAACUGCUGAGUGUUGCCUUUCCUGCCACGAAAGAGCCAGAGCAGCUUGAACUAAAUCGGAUCCUGCUGAUUGGAAUUAGUUCAAAUGCAGAUGGAGCUAACUAAGCCGGCGCUAAGCGUUGGACAGCCCAGUGCCCAAUUCCCAUCAGCUGAUUCAGGGGCUUUUCUGAGCGGCAUUAACAAAAUGCCACCGUGGCACAGAUGCCCAUUGUGCCGGGCGCCCACCCUCCCGCCCACGGGCGCUCUGGGAGCUUGGGGCCCCCGGCAGGGUGCCAGGGUGGACAGAUGGAUGGUGUUGUGGCACCGGAGCCCUCGUGGUUCUGAGUGUGCCCGUGAAGUGCAACGUAGCUGUCGGAAAAAUCAUCUCUGCUGCGAGACGCCGGGAGACGAGGGCAGAGCCGGGGUCUGAAUUAAUCGGUGCCUUUAUUCGGUUUGGCAGGUGGCUCCUGCAUCUCAGUGAUGCUCCCUGGGCAGGGUGGGGAUGGCUUCAGGAGGGUGCUGGGCUGUGUACGGCAGUGGUGGUGACAAUGGUGACAACUUUCGCCAGCGUGGGGGUGUCCCCAGGGACGUGCAUUGCUGGGCCCCAGAGUCAAGGGUGCCCUCAGCUGCUGUGACAGGUCACCAGCACCUCCCUGGACCAGGGCUGCACCCGUGCCCUCCCUGUGCCUGCACAUGGUUUUGGUGACCCCCUGGGUGCUUUCCCCUUGCCUUCCCUGUGCUGGCACAUGGAUUCAGUGAUCCCCUGGGUGCUUUUCCCAUACUUUCCCUAUGCUGGCACAUGGAUUCAGCGGUCCCCUGGGUGCUUUCUUCUUGCUCUCAGCUGUUUCCCCAAGGACCAUCAGUUACCUGAUCCUCAUCCAGCAAUGGCACGAGCCGCCCACGGCGCCAGUGUCUGCCAGGGACACAGGUCAAUGUCCCCAUGAGGAGCCGCCUCUCCGCAGGGAGGAGGUGACGUCCAUUGCUAAUCGGCCAGAUGGUGACACCCGGCGGGACGCCAGCCCUGAGGUCACUGCAGAGCUGGGGCUCAGGUACAGCAGGAGCCAGUGCCGUCAUCCAUCCCCCGCACGGCCCCGGGUGCCCUGACCUGCGUCCACCCUGCAGGGACAGGGAUGGGGACAGGGACGGGGUCAGGCGGCUCCUGGCACGGAAAAUCCAGGCGGUGGGCGCGUGCCGGGAGAGCUGAGGCACCGGGAGCAGGGCUGCGUAAUGAACCCCGAGUCCCGGCGGGGAGAGGCGAGCUCCUGGCAGUCAAGUGUGCUCAGCCUCUGAAUAAGAAGCACUUCAUUCUCUUUUCAAACUGUAUAAUUUCUGCCUGAUUGUAAUGGCAUAUUUUAAAAUUACCAGAAAUCGAAGCCAGAAAAUGGAUACGGCUGCUUUUACUGCGAGCUGCGUUAACAAAGGAUAUGUAAUGCAUGAAAUAAAAACACCUCCCUGCCCCCCUCCUUUUUUUUUUUAAGACAGUAAUAGGAGAAAAUUGGUUUUGAAACUGAAUAAAAGUCCCUUUCAGAGGAAAUCAUUUCUUUCAGGGUACCUUUGCUGAAAGUAAAAUAGUGAAUAAUGAAAGGUGGUUACAUGAUUGUCUUUCAUUUAGAGAGCGCGAGGACAGAUGGAAUCUGGGAGAAAUGCACGAUUGGAAUAAUUGCAUGGUAACAAGGCGCUUGUUGUGAAAUUAGUAUCUUAAGAAAGUAGUGAAAAAGGCUUUUACUCAUGAAUACUUCAUUAUUAGGAGAAAACAGCACAAUUUGGGUUCUCCAGACACCUGCUCGGUAUUAGAUUACUUCUUCCUCCCCUCCUCCUCCUCACACCUUUUGCCGAUGAGUCUCCAUGCCACCGGUUUGCUGGGGGGAGAUGGGGUGAAACCCCCAGCCCCAUGGGCAGAGCCCAGCCAAGGCACAGACACCCUGCAUGGAUCCCAUUCCAGGGACAAUCCCAGGGCCUGGGACCCCCUGCCUGCGGGAGCAAGCGGCACACGUGCAGGUACCGUCUGUGCCUGUGGUGACUGUGAAGGGGUUUCAAAGGGUGACAUUUAAACCAGUGAAGCACAGAGAGCCCCGGGCACGGCUCUGGGAUCAUCCGUCCGUGCUUUGCUUCUUGGCAGUGAUGGCCACGGGCUCUGCCAGCGCCUGCCCGAGGCCACCACGUGCCCGAGGCCACCACAUCACUCCCCUGCACGGCAGUGCCAGCACCGCUCACCAACACUGGGACAUGUGGGAAACAUCCCGGAUGGCUGCAGGAGGUCACGAUUCCCCCCCAACAGAAGAUGAAGUGAUGUACCCAGCAGUGACACCCGUUCGUGACCUCCAGUUGUGCCCCCUGGCCAUCCGUAAGCGUUCAGCCGGAGAGCAGUGGCUCAAGAGCUGUGACACCGUGGAUGGGCAUCACUGCCUGUUUUCCUGCUGCUCCCGCCCAUGUCUCCCUGCCCUCUCCAAGUGGGAAUAUCUCUUCCCGCGCCAGCCGGAGCAGUGGGAGGGUGUCAGCAGCAACUGGUUAUAACUCACGGCCUCGCGGCGGCUGGUGAAGGGCGUACAAUGAGCAGCGCGGUGGCGGCGGUGACUUUGGCCUGACCCCUCCAGCUUUUGUUGAGCAGAUUUUGAUGCCAGCUGGGAGCUGGCGACAGAUCCCAGGACCCAGAGUGGGAUGUUAACACUGUCUUUCCCCAGCCUUGGCCAGGGUCACUCUGUGCCGGGAGGUGCUGGCUGGCACGCUGGCAGAGCAGUCUGGCACUGCUGGAGCGCCGUGCCGGGGGGAUGCCCCAGCUCUGCCCCAUUCCCAGUGGGAAGGGCAGAAAGCUCUGCAGGCAGCACAAAUCACCCACUGAGACCUUCAUUUCUUUUAUAUACAUUCCUAUUUCUUUCUGGCUUUCAGAGUUAGUUAUUUAUCUCCAGAGGAGCAAAGGGCAUUGAGCGCCAUGGAGGUCCUGCCACCAGCUCUGCUGGGUGGGCACGGGGGUAGUGACAGUGGGGUGGGCAGGUCCCCUCCCUCACCCGUGUCUCUUCUCUCUCACAGGGUGCGGGGCGGCAGUGCCCACCAGGAAACCCAGACCAUGCUGGCCUGUCUGCAGAGGACCCAGAACCCCCCAGCCCAGCACCUCCCCUGCCCCAACAAGGCGCUGGAGCCGCGCAAGUGUGAGACGGUGGCACCGAUGCAUUCCCCGCGCUACCCCAGCCCCGCCGAGCUGGACGCCUACGCACAGAAGGUGGCCAACAGCCCGCUGACCAUCAAGAUCUUCCCCACCAACAUCAGGGUCCCCCAGCACAAGCACCUUAACCGGACGGUCAACGGCUACGACACCACGGGGCAGCGGUACAGCCCCUACCCCCUGCACGCCGGCGGCUACCAGGGUCUGCUGGCCAUCGUCAAAGCCUCCGGCAAAAGCGUGGUGAAGAACUCGGAGGGGAAGCGGACUAAGCUCUCGCCCGCCCAGGUGGGCGUCGCUCCCUACCCCGCCUCAAGCACUUUAGCUCCGGGUCCCUCCUGCGCCGGGCAGCUGAGCUACCACGGCGGCCAGAAGCAGCUGGAGGGUCCUGUGCCCAACGUGACGGUGGCAGCCUCAGUGCUGCCACUGGCAGGCAGGAGCCUGGCCCUGCCACCCUCCAACCUGCCCUCCAUCCAGAGCAUCAUCUACCAGAUCAAUCAGCAGUGCCAGGCGCAGGGUGCCCAGCCGGGCUGCCCGGCUGUCGUGGCCGCCCACCCCAGCCCGGCCAAGCACGGCGCCUUCGGCACCGCCUACACCGGCACCGUCCUGCCCGAGUGCCGCAAGGGCGCCGACCUGGCGCUGGGCUCCAACCCGGCUGCCGCCCUGGGACCCAAGGCGGGCAUCUACCCCGAGGGCAUGGACUACCUGGUCUGGCAGCAGAAGCAGCAGCAGCAGCACCUGCGAAUGUACAGCGGGGGCAGCGGCGGAGGGGCCCUCAGCAAGUCCCCUGAGACGUGUGCAGGCGCCUCGCGCCCCUACGGCCUGGGCGGCGCGGCCGAGAAGGUGAGUUCGUCCCCCUUGAACUGCAUGCAUGGCAACUUCUCGGUGGGGCAGUACUUCGCUCCCCCCUGGAAUAGCAUCCUGGUGACCCCCAACAGCGACUGUUACAACCCACCGGAGUUGGGGGCCGGGCCCCGCGAGCUGGGGGUGCCCCCGGCCGAGGGACUGCCCAGCAAGACACUCUGCAAUACCUCCAUCCUCAGCAGCAGCCUCCAGUCCCUGGAGUAUCUCAUCAACGACAUCCACCCGCCCUGCAUCAAGGAACAGAUGCUGGGCAAGGGCUACGAGACCGUGUCUGUGCCAAGGCUAUUGGACCACCAGCACGCCCACAUCCGCCUGCCCGUCUACAGAUAAGGGACCGAUGCUGCUCUUCCCAAACCCAGGGCGAGGACUUCGGCGCGAGCCGCGCUCCCCUCCGGCACUGCACCGGUACCGGACCGUGGCAGCGAGGGCGGGGGGACGGGGAGGGGGACACAGGGUCGGCUGCCGAAAGGGCUCCUGGGACACUGGCAUUUCACUGGGGUCCCCAGACUGGAUACACCCGCGACCCGCUGGAAGCCGAGGCCGAAGGACCGCUUGUCUAUAUAGCUCAGAAAUCAUUUUAUCUCCACGAAUGUGAACAGGGAAUUGCUACGAGUUGCUGCUAUCCAGGGAGGGGAGGCUCUGCCACGCGCUGGCAGCGUCGGGUCGGUGUGGGGCAGAGCCCUGUGCUGUGGCUGGCCAGGAGGCUCCAUGGUGGGUCCUGGCCCAGCUGUGUUCAGGAGGCUCCAUGGUAGCCAGUCCUAGCCCAGUGGUGGCCAGGAGGCUCUGUGGUAGCCAGUCCCAGCCCAGCCAUGGCCAGGAAGCUCCAUGGUGGCCGGUGCCAGCCCAGCAGUGGCGGGAGGCUCCAUAGUGGCCUGUCCCAGCCCAGCGGUGGCCAGGAGGCUCCGUGGUGAGCAGUCCCAGCCCAGUGGUGGCCGAUCCCAGCCCGGUGUGUGGCCAGCGCGUGGCCACCUGACCUGUAGCUGAAGUCCGUAACUUGCACUGCUUUGAUUAAAGCUAAUAACUGGGGACAGUCUGGAGGCUAUUUAAGAAAAACACUUGAAAACUUGAACAGAUUUUUUUUUUUUAAUUUUUUUUUUUUUUUAGUUGACUAGGCUGUACAUCUACGUGUUGGCUGCUACAGAGUCUCCUCCCACCCCUCUUCCUCCUCAUCCUCCUCCUCCUCUCACCCGGCCCCGCAGUGGCCACCGGCUCCUAUUCCCACUCAACCAGGAGGUUCAGGACCCCCUCUCCCCCUGGAACCCCCCAGCUCUCACACUUCCAGGCUGUUUUAUUUCCCUCCCUUACUGUCAGUUCUACCUUGGUUCUGGGUUAGAGGUGACCGCGGUACCAGGGCACUCACAUACCUCCUUUUUUUCUCUUUUUUUUUUUUUAAAAACCCCCAAACAAUUCCAAAAUGCUCAUUAUGGUCCAUUAUUCACUCUGUGUAAUUCCGUGUUUAAUAGAUUUGUUCAUUUAAAAGAGGCUCCUCACCAGGAAAUACAAAGUGUUUUGAUGUUUAAAGGUAAAAGAAGAAUAAUAUCCCAAUGAAACCCAAGGUGAUUGUGCUCAGAAAAGAGGUACUGUAUCCCUGAAAGCCUGUUCAAGCACUAAGUGCAUUUACAAAUCUCUGAGAAUGUUUUUUUUUUAUACUAAAAUUGACCAUUAUAUUCUACUGUGAGAAGUGCUGGCUGCACUAUAUUGUUUUAAAAAUGAGAAAACAAAUGGAAAAAAAAAAAAGAAAAAAAAGAAAAAAAGAAAAAAA